AUGAUCGCGCACGAUGGGACUAACCCGGAUGGGCAGUGGCAAGUCACAAAGGCGUACAAAAACUUCGGGCAGAGGCGCAUCCUGCAGCUGCGGGUGUGGAAGUCCAAGAAUUUGCUCUUCAGCCUGUCAGACGAGGGAGUCAACGCGCAUCACUUGCCUGCCUUCAAGCUGGCCUGCCAAGCGAACCGCACCCGCGGGGCCAACAGAUUUGCAUUUGACGAGACGCGCGCAAUGCUGUGCGUGGCAGCCAAGCGGCGGCUAAUCCUGCUGCAUUACAACGGCAAUGAGUUUGUGGAGCUGAAGGAACUGGGCCUGCCCGAUAGGGUGAUGGCCAUGGGCUGGUGUGGCGACAAUGUGUGCCUGGGCUUCCAGAGAGAGUAUGCGACGGUGCAUGCAAACACUGGAGCCUUAUCGGAGCUGUUCUCCUCCGGCAAAGCUGGCACGCCUGUCAUCACACAGCUUGCCAGCGGCGAGCUGCUCCUUGCAAAGGACAACAUUGGCAUAUUCAUAGGAACAGACGGAAAGCCUUCACGCAAGGUGGGGCUGACAUGGAGCGAUGCUCCUCUAGCAGCUGUGUACUCUCAUCCUUACGUCAUCGCACUGCUGCCCAACCACAUUGAAGUGCGGUCAGCGCAGCACAUCAGCCAACAGGGCUUGGCACAGGUGCUCCCAGUGAAGGGCAUGGACGUGGUGGGCCAGAAUCCCAGCAGUUCUGGGGAUGUCUUUGUGGCUUCUAGUUCAUCGGAUCUGGGCAUUCGCAGGCUGGCCCCCUUCCCUUUUGCUGACCAGGCCUCUGCGCUGGCCGAAAGAGGGGAGUUUGGGGCCGCCCUGGAGCUGGCUGCACUGAUACCAUCCACACAGGCGAAGGCAAGGAGAACGCUGAAUGACACCCUGCACAUACAGUACGGCCAUCAUCUGUUUGCCAGUAAGGAGUAUGACGAGGCCAUGGCCCACUUUGGCAUGUGCUCGAGGUACAAGCUAACAGAUGUGGCAGAGCCAAAGGGCAAGGAGUAUAAGAAAGCAGUGUCGGUGCUGCUGCCCUACCUCCUCAGCCACCGCACUCGGCUGGCUUCCGUGGAGCAGGACUAUGAUGACGAGGAGGAGGCGGCCGAAAGCACUAGCACAGAGGAGGAGCGACGGCAUGACACUACGGCAGAGCUCUCUGGGCUCACUGCAGAGCAGCACGCACAACUUGCGGAGGCUGUGGACACAGCAAUUUUGAAGGCAAUGCUGGAGAUGGACGACACAGGAGCGCUGCUGCGCUUUGUGCAAAGGCCCAACCAGGUGUCCCUGGCAGAUGGCGAGACGGCGCUGCGCGCCGUGGGCCGCUACUCGGAGCUGGUCGCCCUGUACCAGAGCCGCGGCCGCUACGAAGCUGCGCUGGACCUCCUGCGCUCCCUUGCCCUGGCUCCGGGGGAGCUGAGCGUGGCGCCGCAGGGUGCAUCUGCUGAGCUGGCGGGGCUGACGGGCGUAUGGGCAGCGGUGAAGUGCCUCGUGUCUGUCGGCUCCAAGCACGUUGACCUCAUCAAAGCACAUGCCAGGUGGAUAGUGCGUGCGGAUCCAGAGGCGGGGCUGGAGAUGUUCACAGAGAUGCGGCCAGCGCUGCCCCCAGAGACUGUGCUGCCCAUACUGACCAAUGAGGUGCCCACGCUGUGUGCGCCGUACCUCGAGGCUGCACUGGAGAUGGGCCUGGCAUCACCUGCAAAGUUCCAUAAUGAGCUGGCGCUGAUCUACCUCAGAAUGGCCAAGGAAAGGAGGGACAGCGACGGCGGUGCUAGCACCUCAGGCAUGGAAGAGGGGAGAGAUGAAGGCAAAGCCUCGAACGGGCAGCCUCAGAAAACACAUUUGCCAGCUAGGCAGGACCCACUGCAGCGCCUGAAAGAUCUGAUCGUGAAGUCUCAGCACAUUGAUGCCAAGCGCAUCUUGCUGGUGGUGCCAUCGGAGGACCAGCGGUUCCUGGAGGUCAGGGCGCUGCUGCUUGAGCACCUGGGGCGCCACCAAGAAGCCUUAGAGAUAUAUGUGCAUCAGAUGAAGGAUCCUCGGCUGGCAGAAGCCUACUGUGACCGCAUGUAUGAGGCGGCUGCGAAGCAGAAGGGCCAGCAGAGCGGAGCCCAGAUGGCGGCCUGGAGCGGUCUAGCAUCUCAGCCCAACUAUGACAUGUACCUGGCCCUCAUACAGGUGUAUCUGGAGAGGCAGGACAAUGUGCCUGACAGCGCUCGAAAGGGACGCGCUCCAGACAGCAGCAACUGGGAGGCAGUGGCGCGGCUGCUCAGCAGGAAACACGAUCGGAUCGAUUCCCUGCAUGCUCUGGACCUGCUUCCUGGAGAGGUGCCUUUGAAAGCAGCACUGCCAUUCCUUGAGGGAGCGCUGAGGGCAGGCGGCGAAAAGCGGCGCAACUCAGCUGUGGUCAAGAGCCUGAGGCGGUCUGAGAAUCUGCAGCUCAGAGAGGAGGAUGAGAAGGAUGUCCUAGAAGAACUGCAGCUUGCACGCCGCAGAGCAAGUGCAAUCACCGACUUCCAUGGAGCCACUGGGAUACCUCAAGUCUACUCCAGUGGCUCUGUGGAGGUGGGGGACUGCACUCACCAUUACAUCAUCAUGCAGCGCUUGGGAAGCAACCUUGAUGCCCUCAUCAGGCAGGAUGUCAUCAGCAAGAGCAACUUUGCCAAGGUCCACCUAGACAUCAAGCCAGGCAACUUCUGCAUGCACCACAAGUCAAGGGAUCCUGCAGAGGGCGUGUACAUCAUCGAUUUUGGGGGAGCAAGGAGGGCUACCUGGGCAGAAGACACUGAUGAUGAGUACGUAUACUUUGGCACGGCAGACUACUCGGGCUCAAUAGCCAUGUUGCAGCAGAUGAUGCCAGGGCCUUCAGAUGACAUUGAGAGCCUGUGCUACAGUUUCCUGCACAUGUGGAACAAUGAACUGCCAUGGAAGGUGACGGAGAAGUUUGAAAUGGAAGAGGAUGGAUGGACUGUUGAAGACAUUGUGAAGAUGCUAGAGCUGAGGAAGGAAAAGUGGAAGGAGCUCUGCCAUGAGAAGGUCAUCCCUCUGUUCCUGCAGCAGCUGCACCAGUAUGCUAUGUCCCUGAAGACGUACGAGAUGCCGGACUACAGACACAUCCGGCGUAUCAUCAACUCAGCUCAAUUCACACCCCUGCAGCAGCCAGCGCAUGCGCGCACAAAGCGGAGGGCUUCUGAGCCAGCUGCUGUGGGGCCCAGGGACUACAAGCGCCUCUACACCGCAGUCGAGGCACACUGGCUGCAGCCAGAAGAAUGA